UACAAAAUCAAGUCGCAUUUAGUACAACAGUUAUACACGAAAAUCCUUGUCAUCCUUCUUAUUUUAAGUACUUCUCAUUUGAUUAUCCUAUCCUAUUAUCCUAUAUAUAUAGCUUAAUCCAACUCAAUCAUUCUAUAAAAACAUACCACCUAAACUUAAGGAUCACAAGAGUUUAGACAAAAACCAAGUGCUGCAUAGUGAAACAAAAAAGGCAAAAACAAAAGAGAAAAAAACAAAAUAUAAUGGCCCCUCAAGCAGCAUUUGUCACACCCACAACCCUAGCCAGAGAGAAAAAACUGAAUGAUGGUUACCUAAUAGACGAGAGGGAUAAGGCUAAGGUGGGUCAUAAUGAGUUUAGCGACGACAUUCCCGUGAUCUCGCUGGCUGGAAUUGACGAGGACUAUGCCGGAGGAAGGAGGGAGACAAUACUGAAGAAUGUGGUAGAGGCAUGUAAAGAAUGGGGGAUAUUCCAGUUAGUGGAUCAUAGCAUUGAUGUUGAGCUCAUUAAUGAAAUGUGUAAGCAAACUAAGGAGUUUUUUGCUCUCCCAGAUGAAGAGAAGCUCAAGUUUGAGAUGCAACCUGGGAAGCAUAAGGGUGGCUUCCUCAUCUCAAGUCACCUUCAGGACGAGGCAGUGGCAAAUUGGCGCGAACUGGUGCUCUUCUUCACCUACCCAGAACAAGCGAGAGACUACUCGAGAUGGCCCAACAAACCUGAGGAAUGGAGGGCCGUGACAGAAGUCUACGCUGAGAAGCUCAGGAACUUGUCUUGCAAGAUGUUUGAGCUCUUAUCUGAGGGUUUGGGGUUGGAGAAAGAUGCUAUUGGAAAGUCUUUAGGCGACAUUAACCAACAUUUGGUAGUAAAUCAUUACCCUAAAUGCCCGCAGCCUGAUCUUGCGAUCGGUCUCAAACGACACACCGACCCAAGCUCCAUUACAUUGCUCCUCCAAGACCAUGUUGGUGGAUUACAAGCUACGAAAGAUGGUGGCAAAACUUGGAUCACUGUUCGCCCUAUCAAAAAUGCACUUGUCCUUAAUCUCGGAGAUCAUAUAUAUUAUAUGAGCAAUGGAAGGUUCAAGAGUGCCGAUCAUCGAGCGAUCGUAAACUCAGAAGAGACGCGAAUGUCAAUAGCUGUAUUUAUGAAUCCAGCGCAAGAUGCGAAGGUGUAUCCACUUAACUUAAAAGAUGGUGAAAAUUCGUUGUUGGAAGAGCCCAUCACAUACGCUGAGAUGAACAACGUGCACAAGGCAAAGUACCUGGAAAUUGUUAGACUCAAGAAACUCGCAAAAGAAGAAAAUUGGUCCGAAAAAGAGCUUGAUCACAAGCUCAGCCAGAUUAAUUAAUUUAUUACAUAAGCAAGCCUUAUAAAAUAAUAAUACAUCUGCUCCAUUUAAGUAUGUCUUGUGGCCAUCUAUUGAAUAAAAUUUGAGCACGAAGUAAUAUUUAGCAAUUGACAGCUAUUGUUGCCAAUCUUUCAUCGGCAGCAAGAAAUAGUAUUAUUCAUUGUGUUCUCAAAAUUUUUAUAUUAUCAUUGAAUAUUUGAAGGUUUUAUAGUCUUUGUUAUCCAUUGUGUCACUCAAAUCUUUCCAAGCCGCCUAUGGCAAUUGUUGGUAAUUUUGUUAGAAAGACAAUUCAAAUUCAACAAACUCAUCCAGAAAAAUAUUAGUGUAUGUACGUCCUCAAUUUAGAAAUACAUAAGACAAUUUUUUUAUUUUCUUUUUUAUGUGAAAGAUAUUUUGAGGGAAACAUUUCAUUUAAUUCAAAAUGGAGGAAAUAUUGUUUACUUA